UCAUCACCAAGGCGUGUGCGCGCUUCCUUUUCAAGAGUUGUGUGUGCAGCCUGUAGUUGUAGCUACAUUAGCUGCUAUCUGGCUCUCACAGCUGGAGAAACUACCACCGCUGGCCUUUACCGUCUGACAGGAGCCCGCCUCGCUGACAGAUCAUGGCAGAUUUCUCGCUGACAGAUGCCUUGCUGGAUGAUGUUCCAGGCCAGGCAAGCAAAACAGGAAACACUAACCCGUCUGCCGCUGCCAACAACCCUCCUGCUGCGAACCCAGGGUGGCCUGGUUCAGCCCCUGGAGCUCCAACCCAGCCCUCAGCUCCAACUGAGUUUGCCGGGGGGCCGUCUGGGCCGGGAGCUCCCGGGCAGUUCCCCGGAGGCCAAGGACCGUUCCCCUCUGGGCCUGGAGCCCCAGGGCAAUACCCUGGACCUCCUUCAGCACCUGGUGGGUUCCCACCAGGUCCUGGUGUACCUGGACAAUAUCCAUCUGGACUAGGGGCUCCAGGCCAGUUCCCCUCUGGCCCUGGAGCUCCUGGGCAGUUCCCAGGGCAGCACCCACCUGAAGGAGCUCCAGGACAGCUACCUGGAGGCCCUGUUCCAUAUCCAACUGGACCAUUUAAUUCUGGCCCCGGAGCCCCUCCUGGGCCUUAUCCUAAUGUGCCUUUCCCAGGCUGUCAGCCAGGAGGGAAUGGCAUGUAUGGUCCGGGUGGCACACCCCCCUUCCCCCCUGCAGGCGGUCCAGGCUCUUUCCCUGGAUUCCCUGGGCCAGGUGGAGCCUUUCCUCCAAUCCCUGGUGGAUCAUGGGGACCGCCUGGCGGUGGAGGUUUCCCUCCUGCGCCUGGCCCCUUUGGCCCUGCACCCAUGGGACCAUAUGGUGGACCUGCUGGCCCUGGAGGCACCCUGAUGGUGCCCCAUGAUCUCCCUCUCCAUGCUGGAAUUAUGCCCCGACUUUUAAUCACUAUAAUUGGGGAGCCCGUUGUUGGUGGAGACAGGUUCCACAUUGACUUCAUGAAAGGCCCAGACGUUGUGUUUCACUUCAACCCUCGGUUUCACGAGCAGACGAUUGUCCGAAACUCCAACCUGGGAGGAUGUUGGGGGCCAGAGGAGCGGGAAGGAGGCUUCCCGUUUGCUCCGGGCCGUCGUUUUGAGCUCAAGAUUCUCGUGGAGGAAGACAUGUUUAAAGUAGCGGUGGACGGCGUCCACCUGCUGGAGUAUGAGCACAGAGUGGGCGGGCUGGAGGAGGUCACUCUGCUCCGAGUGGCGGGAGACGUCACCCUGUACAGCGCAGCGCCCAGCAUGAUCUAACCCACACACACAUCUCAAGCUGCAGGGAGACCUGGGUCACACCCUCCCACUGUAUCUGAAAACUGUGUUUGAAAUCCUUUCAAAUACUGCGAUGCGAUUAAUGGAACUUGCACGGCACAUAGUCAGCAAAGUGCAGUCUCAGCCCAUCUGGCACUUAAAUCAUCGAAGCACAAAUUGCAGAUUAACCAAGUUCUGAUACACGAUAAUACAUAUUUUCCUUGUUCUUUUUUUUACUGGUGGUGGUUGCGAUUUGUAGUCAUUGACAGUCAAAUAUAUUUUAUAAUGUAACAGUAUCUAAGGUAGUCAGUGAGUUGAAGUUUCCCUACAACAGAAAUCACACUUUUUAGGGGAAUACUAAUUUAUGACUAACUGAAAAGAUUGUAGGCCAAGUGGAAAAGUAUGAUGUGUCCUAAGCAUUUCAUAUAUUUUCCACAGUACGCUGGAUUUUGUUUAUUUUCUAUGUUUAUUAUGCUGUCCUAUAUAUUACCACCAUCUUCAUAUGCCUUUAUGUUUGUGGUGCAUGAGAGUGUGUUGCUGAAAAUCAACGUGGUUUCCUCUUGACUGUCAUUUUCCAUCGCUGGGCAGCCCCAAGGAUAUGAAACAGAGCCUCACUGGCCUGUAAAGACAGGCUAUUGAUGAAGUUUUUACAAUUAUUUAUUUACCAAGUUUGUACCCUGCCCUUUUUCAGUAUUAAUCCUCAUCUGUAGUCUCCUGGCUGGAGGGUCAAAUCAUGAUUUACAAUGUAUGAUUUCAUGUUGAAGUCAGAUUUAAUGCGAAUCACAAAAGUAAGGCUCAAAUGUUUAAAAAAAAUCAAAUGUUGGACAGGGGGAGGGUAGGGGCUCUGAUUUGUUGCCAAAGAUACCAGUGGUACAGUAUUUUGAAUUUUGAGAUGAUACGCUUAUAAAUAAAGGAGCAACAAACAAA